AUGCCAUCUUAUGGAUACAACUUCGACGCCGCAAGUGCAACAGGAGCACCGGCUUCGGUGGCAUCAACAUCAAAGAGCAAGUCAUCCCAGACUGCCUCAGACGAGGAGCAUCCCAGCAAUGCUGCCUCAUUCCUGUCGUCUGAUCCUGGCCACGAGGUUGAAAAUACUGCCAGCAGUGAAAGUAAGAACCAUAUCCCAGGGAUUGAGACAGUGCCGCCGCCCAGCAAGAGCUCUGCAACAACAACAUUACAGCCUGCUGCGACUACACGGGUACUGCCCAUCGGGGGCGGACCACCUGUUCUGUUCGUCACAAUCAUUGAGCCUAACUCAAAUGGAACUCUCGAGACGUCUGUUCUGACUGUCUCGGAAAAGUCACCUUGGCAAACGCCCAUGCCAAAAGUGGAAGAUCUGGGGGAGAAAACUUUGCGCGCACGGGUGGAUGGGUAUCGAAUGGGCAUGGCGUCAGAUAUUCUAACGCAAGACUCGAAUGGGCCAAUUACUACCAUGUCGCCAGUCAAUACCGGCAAUCGCACAUUCAAUUUGGCCGAUGCCACUUCGAACGCUAAAGAGACGUCAGCAAAUGUCCUGGAGACAUUUGCUCCGACGAGUCUACCUGUUGUCUCCGGCGGAUCAGAGGCGGAUCGUGGCCGGAAUAGCGCGAUGGUGUCGUUGAAGCCCAGUACAAAUGCUCGAGGUCAAAACGCGGAUCAUGUAACGUUAUAA